AAAGGUUCCUGAGAAGCUGCUGGAUCCUAAAGAGACGCUCCAGGCAUAAGCAGAGUUUUCUAAGAAGAGUGGAAGAUGAGGGAGAUUUUUCUUAUACUGCUGUUGCUUUCUCUGGUCCUGACAAAUCCAUGCUGUUGUGAAAGAGAUAUGGACAGAGCCUUGGAUAAAGCAGGGGUGAAGAUAAAUAGAGAAACAGCCAAUGCCUUUGUGAGAAGGCAAAAGAGGUCUUAUCCAUAUUAUGAAAGGUACUAUGAAAUGUUCAAGUCCCCAAUGGAGCUGAAGCAUGAGCAAUGCGAAAGUUACGCACCCUGUGACUACUACGCUGAAGUAGUAGGAUUCCCUGUCGCGUACCGUCAUUUCUUUGGAAGUGCCUGAAGGUGGACAUUUCCUCUUCUCCUCUGGCUGGGACAUCUGCAGGGGACAAAGGCAACUGCGGGUGGGAGGGCAGGGGCGGGGAAAGCAGAGAAUAAACAAUACAACAGAUUGGUUCCAUUUCACUUGCAUGAGAUCAACACUGAUAAGUACACUACCAUUUUCGCCGAUGUUCAGAGAAGCAUUUAGGUGCUGUUUUGUUCAGGAAUAUUUCUGCCAAUAAUUAAUUAUACAACCCUUAAGAUUUAUUAGGAGGUUAUUGAUGUUCCAUGGGAAAGGGAGUAGGCAAAGACGGAUGGCUUAGCGUGAAAGUGGGUCUCCUCCAGUUGUUGAAUAAUAGCUUCCAUCAGCCACAAGAUCAAAGGUAAAGGAUAAUAGUUUUCCAGGAUCUACUUCAAAACAUCUGGAAGGCAUCAAGUUGGUUAUCUAUAAGAGAAGACCCUUAACAAGAUAAACAGAGGUAUAUUUUCCCUUCUGGGAAGCUGCCAUAGUGGGCAUCUUAGAGGCAUAUCCAGUGCUAAAUUUUCUGACAGUUCAAAUUUUUGCAAGAGCAAUGAAAUCCUGUGGAGGGCUCACAAUCCAAUUAUGAGACCUAUCAACACUGAACACACAAAAACAGUGGUACUUACAGUACAUCAGCACUGAUUUUACAAGUCCUGUGCAUUCGGUGACUUUACUCUAACCUUUGGUUUUAACCCGGUGUAAUCAGUACAGAAAUGAAAAAGACAGUAGUGUGAUAGUAGCAGACAGCCUGAAGUUAAGAGGAGGGAACAAGUAAACCCACUUCCCACAGCCCAGUCACAUCUUACUAAAUAUGACUCCAACUCACUGAUAUGUGUUAUUUUUCCACUCACAGAAACACAACAUGGAAGUGAUAUGCAAAAAUAAUACUGCUUAGGAUGUAGGGCAUUAUCACCAUUGAUUGCAAUUGGAGAAAACAGGCACACAACAGGCAGAUGGAAGCAGAGGAGUGAAUGAGAAUCAGAAGUCUCUUCUGAUCGUCUCCCAAGUAGUUUGGGAGGAUCAGGAAGGAAAAGGCCAUCUCUUUUUCUCUAAUCUGGCUGAGAAGAGCUGAUUUUGGUACAUUUCCCACCUGGCUAUCUACUCGUACAUGUGUUUGAAUAGAUAGUGGUGUAAUGGAGCCAGGGUUUGCAGGGUCAAAAAUGUGGGACUAUCAGAGUCACAGGGACUAUGAUAUGUCCUGCCACCCCUCUCAGACUUUCCUUUCCACUUUGAGCUUAGUUGUGAUCCUUGCAAUGGCUAUGAGAGAAACAGAUUUCUUCAGGAACAACUAGCUGUCCCUCUUUCCUUGCAAAGCAUUUUAGAGUGAUUUGAUGGCUGAAAGUGAUCUAGUUGUAUAGAAAUGAAACCAGCUAGAAUCCACUGCAUAUGUCUGAAGAAGUAGAUUUUUACUCACAAAAACUCAUGCUGAAACAAAUCUGUUCGUCUUUAAGGUGCCAC